UAUGUCAAAGCAGGCCGAGCCACCACGAGAAAGACCUAAAGUUGGUGUUGGUGUAUUUGUAACAAGUGAAGACCAUCCAAACUGUGUUUUAGUAGGAAUAAGAAAAGGCUCAAGUGGUAGCGGGAAGUAUGCAUUGCCUGGUGGUCAUUUAGAAUUUGGAGAAGAAUGGGAAGAUUGUGGUAAUAGAGAAACAAUGGAAGAAACUGGAUUACGGCUGAAGAAUAUUCGCUUUGCUACAGUAGUGAAUGGAAUCGUCGAUAAAGAAAACUACCAUUAUGUAACAUUGUUUGUACAGGGAGAGGUAGAUACAACAUUCCAAUCAGAGCCUGUCAAUCUGGAACCUGACAAAUGUGAAGGUUGGCAAUGGCUAGACUGGGACAAUUUUGUGCCUGCUAACAAAUGCUUUCGACCCCUUGAGAUGGUGAUAACUCAGGGUUACAAUCCUUUCAAUCCACCAAGAACUAUUGCAUAAUUCUCAAAAGAUGAAGACAUUUAGUCUUGAGAACUCAGGCAUAUAUAAACCUGGAAUAUGAUGAAAAGUCUUCGUGGCCUAUCCAACACAAAGAAUAAUGAACGCUAAAGUUUAAUCUAUAUUUAGAAUAAUAUAUGAUACUGGGUCUUGUCUUGUUGAUCGUUUAUGGUGUUUUAACGUUU